AUGGCUGUGGCCCAGCAGCUGCGGGCUGAGAGCGACUUUGAACAGCUUCCCGACGACGUUGCCAUCUCAGCCAACAUCGCCGACAUCGAGGAAAAGCGGGGCUUCACCAGCCACUUUGUUUUUGUCAUUGAGGUGAAGACGAAAGGAGGAUCCAAGUACCUCAUCUACCGCCGCUACCGCCAGUUCUACGCCUUGCAGAGCAAGCUGGAGGAGCGGUACGGGCCCGAGAGCAAGACCAGCCCCUUCACCUGCAAACUGCCCGUCCUCCCAGCCAAAGUCUACGUGGGAAUAAAACAGGAGAUCGCGGAGGCGCGGAUACCGGCCCUCAACGCCUACAUGAAGAACCUCCUCAGCCUGCCCAUCUGGGUGCUGAUGGACGAGGACGUCCGGAUCUUCUUCUACCAUUCGCGCUAUGACUCAGAGCAAGUGCCCCAGGCGCUGCGCCGCCUCCGCCCACGCACCCGGAAAGUCAAGAACGAGUCCCCACAAAGCGCCGGCUUAGAUCGCAUGGAAGCUCCACUAGCAGAGGCCCUGUUUGACUUCACUGGCAACAGCAAACUGGAGCUGAAUUUCAAAGCCGGAGAUGUGAUCUUCCUUCUCAGUCGAAUCAACAAAGACUGGCUGGAGGGCACUGUUCGAGGAGCCACAGGCAUCUUCCCCCUGUCUUUUGUGAAGAUCCUCAAGGACUUCCCCGAAGAAGACGACCCCACAAACUGGCUGCGCUGCUAUUACUACGAGGACACCAUCAGCACCAUCAAGGACAUCGCGGUGGAGGAAGACCUCAGUAGCACUCCACUAUUCAAGGACCUGCUGGAACUCAUGAGGCGGGAGUUCCGGAGGGAGGACAUUGCCCUAAAUUACCGGGAUGCUGAUGGCGACCUGGUCCGGCUGCUCUCAGAUGAGGACGUGAGGCUCAUGGUGAGGCAGGCCCAAGCUCUCCCCUCCCAGAAGCGUCUCUUCCCCUGGAAGCUGCACAUCACCCAGAAGGACGACUACAGGGUCUACAAUACAUUCCCUUGAGCCAACGGUGUCCCUGGGGGCAGUGAAGGGGACCUGCAAAAACAUCCAUUUAAGAAAAAUUAAGCAGACCUUACAACAUCUGUUCACACGAACCCAAUUCUUUGUCUUCUAACAUGUUGCCUGAUCAGAUUCACCAAGGGGCCUGACUGCUGAAAAUCAACUAGACCCUAGAUAGGACACACUCUGCAAAAAAUCAUGAGCCUCACAAAAAGUAGCGAGGUUCUUCAAUGACCCUCCCGCUCCUCCCUCUCACAACAAACAAGCUUUAGAGCCCCAGGGACUAUGGAGUUUUGAACUACAUGACUAAAAUAUUUAAAGAAAUAAAGAAUGAAAUCAUAACAAUGAUUGAGCUAAAGAGAAUGACCAGGCAGAUUGGCAAAAGAAAGAUACACACCCCCCACCACGCACACUGGUAUAGGUGUGUGUGUGGAAAUCUGUUAAAACAGGAAAAUCGGUGGAUGAGUUAGAUAGUAUAUUACACAGAGGUAAAGAGAAAACGAGUAAAUUGGAAGCUAAAACCAAAGAAAUUACCCAAAAUAUAACACAGAGAGACAAGUAGUUGGAGCAUCUGAAAACAAAGUUACGAAAUAUGAACAAUAGAAUAAGAGUUCUUUUAAAAUCAGAAUCUCAGAAAAAAUAUAGAGAAUGGAGAAGCAACAUUUAAAUAGAUGGCAGAUAUAAUAUUUCAAAAGCGACGAAAAACUUAAAUCUAUGGAUAUAAGAAGCAUACCAGGGUAAGCAGGACAUUUGAAACCGCAAAACACCAAAGUCAAAGAAAAGAUCCUAAAAGCAGUCAAAGAGAGUUGAGAACACUACAAAAUAACAAUUAGAAUGGUAAGCAAAUUUCUCAACAGCACCCAUGGAAGCCAAAGUCAAUAUAAUCAUAGCUUCGGAUUUUUUAGACAAAAUAACUUUCGAUCAAGAAUUAUAUACUUAGUAAAAUCGUCUUUCAUUAGUGACGGUGAAAAUGGCCCUUGGAGAUUAAUCUGAGAUGAAAGAAUAAAUGACAAGCAAAGACACUGCUA